UUGAAGUCUGCGGCUUAUUAUUCAAGUGACAUCGCAGCAUGAGUUUCGCGAGCAAAGUGGUUCUUGUGACGGGGGCUAGCAGUGGCAUCGGAGCGACUACUGCUGUAUCGUUCUGCAAAGAGGGAGCGAACGUCGUCAUAGUCGGGAGAAAUGAAGCUAAACUCAAGGACGUGGCUAAGAAAUGUGCAGGAGUCGGUAACGCCCCUUUCUUGGUCAAAGCGGACGUGUCCAACGACAAUGACGCCAGAAGAAUCAUCAGCGAGACAUUGAAAAAGUUCGGGAAACUAGAUGUGCUGGUCAACAACGCUGGCGUUGCCGAAUACGGGAGUAUCUUGGAUGGGAAGGUUCUAGAAAGUUUCGACAAGAUUAUCCCCAUCAAUUUGCGAGCUGUGGUCCACAUGACGAUGCUGGCUGCGCCGCACCUCGUUAAGACCAAAGGGAACAUCGUAAACGUUUCCAGCAUCGCUGGCCAGAAGCAUAUAUUUGUGGCCUCGAAUGUGUAUUCUGUGUCCAAAGCUGCAGUGGACCACUUCACGAGGGGCAGCGCAUUGGAGCUGGCCUCCAAAGGAGUGAGAGUCAACGCGAUCAGCCCGGGACCUGUGGAGACUGAUAUGAUGACAAGCUUUACAACGGAGUCCGAAAAGGAAACGCAGGGAAUAAGGACGCCUCUGGGAAGGAUGUCGAAGGCGGAAGAAAUCGCCGACUUGAUCCUUUAUGUGGCCAGUGACAAGGCGAAAGGAAUCACUGGGUCUGUGUUUGUGGCAGAUAAUGGAAUGAUGGUACAAUAAAAUAAUAUUAUAACCAUGCGAAAAUAUUUUUGGA